AUGCAAGAAAGCGGCUGCCAGCAGAAUCCUCGUCAACUGCAGCAGAACCAGAAGGAUAAACCCCCCGAUGGAGGCUGGGGAUGGAUGGUCGUGCUAGCCUACGGAAUGGCCAAUAUCAUGAUAAUACCGGUGAUGCAGAGCUUCGGGCUGAUCUUCCGAGACACCUUCCGGGAGAUCGACAUUUCGGCCACGAAGGCGUCGGUCAUCAUCAACCUCGCAUCGGCCGUUGGGAUGGCACUGGGGCUGUUCAAUGGCCCUUUGCUGCGGAGGUUCGGCUUCCGGAAGAUGGCCGUCACGGGGGGUCUCGUCUUCUCCUUCGGGUUGAUGCUGACAUCGUCGGCGACAUAUUUCGGACAUUUCAUUGUUACCUACAGUAUUAUAGCGUCCCUUGGGAUGGGAUUCUGCAAUUCAUCCUUUUCACUUGCGUUGAAUACGUACUUCCUGGAGCGCCGUAAUAAAGCGGCCGGCAUCGCGAUGGCAAUCACUGGUUUAGGACCGAUUCUGCUGCCCCAACUGGUGUCCCUUCUGCUCCGUAUGUUUGGAGCACGGUACUGUUUGCUGAUCAUCGGCGCACUGGCCACACACAUCAUCGCUGGGGGUCUGCUCCUUCAGCCAGUUCAGUGGCAUACCGUGCACGUGCCGGCCCCACCGGAACAGCUGGAAACAGCCGCUUGUGCUCCACCGGUUGAGGUCAAAAUCGUUCCGGAUGAUGAAGACAACAACAACGGUGAUGACGAGGAGCUCAUGGAGAAACGCAGCUUUAUCGAUCACGACGUGGACGCGCAGAGCAUCUACGGGUUCGAGUUGACUUCGCAGUUGCGCCAACGAGAUUCGUUUUCACAAUCGCCUUCGAGUGGACACCAUGCCAUGCAGAGGGCAAAGAGUGAAGUUCUCACUCCUGUACAGCGCUGCCCAUCGGAGACUCGAUCUCUGAAGACUGAUUCUCCAUCGACGCGGCCACUCCGCUGGUUCCACUCCGGGUCGGCGGAAAGUGUGCAUCUAGGAAGUUCGUUGGCCAUAUGGGACGGCAGUGCGUCUAUGCCUGGAGAUCAGCCUCCGCCAGACCAGCAACGACGUUCAUCCCAGAGGCGGUUUUCCAGCUUUACGAAUGUACGCUUUUUUCCGCUGCAAAAGCGCUGGUUCGAAACCUCGGCCGAAACAGUCAACCUCGGUAGCUCGAUGAAGAUCUUCGACGAACGGCAGACCGGUACGGGUGGUCCACGACGUGGAUCCCUUGGUAGUGGAGUCGUGAUGAACGGCACGGGAAAACUACCGGCACUAAGCGAAAACCAGGGGCUCACCGAUGAGGCCACUCAUCUGCCGUCGAUUGUGCGGCAACUCGAAAAUGCCAAAUCCACUCCACCUAGUGUGCCAAAUACGUCACCCAGUGGCUCCUCCGAAGGAUGUUUCGCAAAAGUGGUCAACUUUUUUGAUCUAACGCUGUUGCAAGACAAAAUCUAUCUCAACAUGAUGCUCGGCAUGUCGAUUGCGGUUUUUGCGGAGAUUAACUUUUCCCUCCUGACACCGUUCAUACUGGGAGAUCUUGGCUACAAUACAGAGCAAAUCGCAUCCAUCAUGUCGACGCUGGCGUUGGCCGAUCUGCUUUUCCGGUUUAUCAGUCCGUUCGUGGGGGAUUACUUCAAGCUCACACCACGCAUUAUGUACAUGAUCGCGCUCUGUAUGUUGAUCGUGACGCGCUUUAGUAUCCUGCUUGCUCAAACCUACGACGAAAUGAUGAUGGUAGCGUUCGGGAUCGGUGUUGCAAAGGGCGUACGGUCGGUGUACAUGAGUCUGGUUAUACCGAGCUAUAUACCACUCAGUCGACUACCCUCCGCUUCUAGCAUUCAGAUGACUACAAACGGAAUCGUCCUGAUGACGAUAGGGCCGUGCGUAGGAAUGCUCCGCGACUGGACGGGGAGCUACUCCAAAAGUAUCAUUCUCAUCAACGGAUUUACCAUUGUAACGCUGCUGAUGUGGAGUGCGGAACUUAUCUACGUACGUCGAAGGCACCACCGUAACAAAUUAAAGCCUAUGCUACGCGAACCGGAAACAACAAAGUCAGUUUCUUGAUACUCAACAGGGAGAAUUCUUAUUGUUUAUCGAUCGAUUCGCUGGUACUGUAAAAAUAAAGCCAUCAUCUACUUUAAGCGUGCAAAUAAUGCAUUACACAAAUGGAGUGUUCAUAAGGCAAAUAUUUUUAAAAAAAUUACAGUCUUUGUAUUU